AUGUAUCAAAAUGUGUCUUGCAAGGAACUGGCGAGAAGCAGAGGCGAGAUAUUUUCACGAGUUACCGCCCUUUUGUGCACUGGGCAAAUCAGUGCACUGGAGCAAGUGAUUCGCAAGCUGGCCGUUGCAGAUAGCACGCAGAGAGAUGAGAUCCUUUCAGCGUUGUCUCUGAGCUCGGCGCCCGAGAACGGCGCAUCGCUUGACAAGAAGCCUCAGCCAAGCCCGACUCGAGACCAUGGAGUUGCGGUUGCUCGGCUGCGCGCUGGACAAUUGAGACGACCGCGAGAUGGUAACGCGGCACAGUUCUUUGGCGGAACCAGUUCGUUUCAAAUCCACUUCUCCAGGGACGAGACCCAGAUGACCCCUCGUACGUUGGCCAGCAGCGAUGGCACAAUGGUGCAGGCUGAUGGCCAAAUCAAUUCGACACUGGAAACAACCGACCUUGCACCUGAGGAGUCGAGUUCCAGUAGCAGUGGCUGCUUUCAAUAUGCGCCUCAUGACCAAACUUCUCAAACCUUGAUGGCUGCCUUCUUCACGGAGCAGUACCAGUAUCACAUGGUGGUUUACCGGGAAUACUUCUUGAGAGACUACGACGUUGGCUCUGGGAGAUAUUAUUCCGACUUGCUGCUCUACUCAAUGUGUUCUCUCUCAGCCCUCCUGUACGACGACUUCUUCAAACUAUCCGACGUGUUUUCCGGACAGGCGCAAGCACUGCUAUUUGCAACACUGGACAAGUCCGACCUCACUACACUCCAGGCCCUGAUUCUUCCGGGGCAUCGAGAAAUCGCUGCAGGGCAGACAUCUAAAGGAGGGCUCUUUUGCGGCAUGGCUUUUCGAGUGGCUCACGAGAUGGGUUUUUACCUCGACCCAAGUAACUGGGAAGUUUGCAAGAUCAUUCACGUCAUGAUUGCGGAUCUCUUUGAAAACCGGCGAGGCGAUGUUGAUCCAGCCAUUGCAGCGGCCAAGUCGCACAAGAUUCACGUUUCGCCGACAAAAUGGCUUGCGAGCCUGCCAGGAACGCUGCACUGGAAUCACAUGUUAUUUCACAUCGUCAUGAUCAUUCUCUAUCGCCCACCAUCAAAUAUGUUUGAAAAGCCUGGAAUCUCAGAAAGCGAAGAUGUUGAAAUCUGUUACGAGUCACUGCAGGCCAUCUUGCGCCUCAUGCGAAGUUACUCUCGCUAUUAUCGGUACAGAUCUCUCUCACUGGAUUUUGCACAAACGCUUUCCACGGCCACAGAGGUCCUCAUGAUGAAGCGGUUCUUCCCAAAAUCAUCGUGGGAUGACCCCGAGAUCGAACGCUCGUUGUCUCUGCUGACGGAAGCCAUGGACGAGAUACAAAACAGCCUGCCAUGUGUGAAGGAGAUUCGCGAUUGCGUAACUGUGGCAAGGCAAUGUCGCGAAACAACUUGGCCUCCUGACGUACUUCUCAAUGCGCCGGACUUGAUUAAUAGGCAUGAGCUUGGCGGUGCCGACGCCACGACGGGGCUAUUGACCAGUUUUGACGACGAACUGGGCACAUUGAUCACCGAUGAGUUUCUGAGUGCUCAGCUUCCGGUCCAGGACGGCAGUGCAUUUAAUUUCGAGCCAUUUGACUUUAACAACCCACAAGGGACGAUCGAUUCGCGGCAAUGA